AUGGCAGCUAGUGCAGGGAUAGCAUCUGCUUUAUUAGGUCCAUUAGCUCCAGUGCCACUGGCAAGUCCAGCAGCAGCAGCAAAAACAGAUGUGACACCAACUGCAAAGAAAACUAUGGAAGAAUUAUUGGCGGAAAUCGAGACAUUAAAAACUGAAGUUUCAACUGCAACGAAGACCUUGGAAAAGAUUGAGACUAGCAAAAAGAAGGCUUCAGCUAAUCGUGAACGAUCAGUUGAAGGUCGUACACAAGUUCGAGAUUUAACUGAACGUGUUUCCAAUCUUCAAAAACAAAUGGAUGCAAUGACUAAAGAUUCAGAUCCAAGUUAUCCGGGAAAAAAAUUUGAAAAAUCCAGAAAGUCAGCAUUAAAAACAUUAACGAGUCUUGGAAAAGAUCUUACUCAAGUUGAUAAACAUCUGGAAAAAGGAAUUACAGCAGCACUUCCAGUAUCUACUGCAUCCCCCGCAGAUGUUCAAUCAACAGCAGCAUCUGGUGUUGAUCAACCUGUAGCUGCUCCUAGAGCAUCACCUGAGAAAGAAAAUAGCAAAGGUGUUGCAGCACUCAUAAAAAGAUUGCCAUUGGGUAAAAAGAAGAAGAAGAAAAAAUCCCUCGAUUCAGCUGCACCUUCACCAGCAAAACCCACUGAUGAAAUUCAUAAUACAGAACAGAAAAAAUCGACCGGUCAAGUACCAAGUGAACACGAAGAGGACGCCGACGAUGGUGAUGAUGAUGACGAAGAAGAAGAUGGCCAAGAGGAGGAACAAGAUAGUGAUGAUGAUGAUGUAGUAGCAGUUAAAAAGCACGUCCCUGAAAAGCCACCUGCAAUAAUAAAGAAACCUGAACCAAUAGCUGUACCUUCAAAGAAAUCACAAGUAUCGGAUGUCGACAGCGAUGGCAGUGAAUACAGCGAUGAAGAUGAUGAUGAUAUUAAUGAUUAUCGUCAAUUACACAGUGAACUUCAAAGUCAAACACCAGCUGACGUACAUCCAAAAGAUGUUCAUAGUCAAGGUCAUCGAUCGCGUUCACCAACAAUACCCUAUAGUAAUAAGAAAGUACCAGCAGUUAAAACUGAUUUAACACCAUCAUCUUCACCAAAAAUGAAAAAGACUGCAACUAUAGUGCCACCCACUCCACCUUCACGUAAAAAAACACAAAGUCCCAAAGGACGUCCUGAAGUGCCAAUCGUCAAGAAAAAGAAAACUAACGAAAGUGAAGAAGAAGAUUCCUAUUACGAAGAAGACGAGAGAGAAGGAGGAGAUCAUGAUUAUAACGAGGAUGAAGAAGAAGAAGAACUUCAACAUUUACAUAAACAUGAUGAACAUGAAGAAGAAAUAUCUGAACAUGAAUAUGAUGAACAAGAAGAAGAACCAACAUCGGCUAAUGCACAUGUACAAGAACUUCGUACGAAUAAAUAUUCACCAGGAACACAAUUUAUUGUUACACAUGAUUUAAUUGGGGAACAAACUGGUGAUUUGACUGUACAUAGAGGUGACAUCUUAACACUUGUUGAACAACGUCCUGAUGAUUGGUGGCUAUUUAAAAAUGUUCCUGCACAACUAGAAGGUUUAGUCCCGAUUAAUCUUAUUCAGUUGUAUUCGAAACAACAAAUACGACAACGAAUAAAACCAAGUACAUCGGUGAUAACACUGGUCGAUGCAUUUAAAAAUAAAAAUAAUAUUCCUGACGGUUUUAUUGCAUCUGAUUUAGCACCAUUAACAAAAAUUGAAGAAUAUCAAUUAUGGCGAGCGCUCGUACCGAAAAUGACAGAAUCAAAUCUUGCGUUUACUGAUCUUUAUUGGCGUGCCGAUACCGAUAAAUUAUAUGCACAAGAAGUGAUCCAUCAAAAGAUUCUUACGCUUAAAGAAUGUGUUAAAAUACCAAGAAUUAAAGGCGAAGAGGUUCGUGUUCUUGAUCGAUGUGUUCGUCUAUGUCUUUGUGAUGGUUUGGAUAUCGUUUCGAAUAUUCAUACAGUUCGAGCAAUUAUCCCAUCAAAAAUCGACCCACGAGAAUUAACCGAAGAUUGGCAUUUCGCACGCAAUAGUCUAAAUACAUUAAUUGAUGAACAAUCUGAAUUAUUAAUGCGUUCGAAUUUCUCUGGACCGGGUCAAAAAUUAAAAUUACUGAUUGAAUUAUCGCAAUGGUGUCAAUCAACUGUAACGCAAGAAAAAUGUGAAAUUGGUUGUGGCUGGGCAAUGGUUUCGAUUGAUGACGUGGAACCACCUCUAAUAACUGAUACAAAAAAUUAUAAUGAACUUUUACGUGGUGGACACACAGAUCAGGAAGGAGUUUUACUUGAUCCACAAUAUAAGGUUCUUCGUUCGAAUGGAAUAUCAGGUAUGAUCGAUCGUUAUAAACGAGCACGUGUUAAAUUUUCAAUUGAAUCACGUGAAAAUGAUGUUGAUAUACUGUAUGAUAAUUUACCGAUUCAAUCAACGAUUGCACCGAUGAAUGCAAUAAAACCUGUAGCGUUUUUCCGGAAUGAACUUGCUUUUCAAUUUCAUAAACGUCAUCAUCCAACUGGUCUAUCAACAACACCAAUUGAUUCGAUAUUUUUGGGUACAUUUUUUCAAGCACUUUCACAAGCUGACCUUAUCUAUACGCUGAAUAGAAUUUUUCGUAUACGAAAGGCUCGUUAUCUUAGUGCAUCAUCAAGUAGUCAACAGCAACGAGAAUUAUUUAUAAAAGUUUAUGAACAAUUUAUUUAUCCUCUACUUCAAUAUCGACAAUUGCCAACAUAUGAUUUUCAUGAUAUAGCAUCAUUGAAUGAACGACGAAAUUUAAUUAACGAUAUAAUUAAACGACAAACAGCAAAAAAGAAAGCACCUGCAGAAGAUAUUCUUUCAAUAUUACUUGAUCCAAAUUUAACAGAUAAAUGGACACCAUUUACAACGGACGAACUUUGUUUUACAUUACAAAAAUAUAUUCAUGAUUCUAUACCUGAUGUUGUAGCGUAG